AUGGAAAUAAUAUCCGAUAGAGAAAAUAUUACUGACCAAGAAAAUAUUGACGAAUUUCAAAUUGAAGAAGUUUCCACUUAUCCAAUAAACAAUAAUAUUUUGUAUCGUGAACGUGUAAAUAAAGUCACUAAACGUAGCUUCAACUAUGUAAUUAUAAAAGAAGGUGUUUAUCCUAAUGGAACUCAAACUGGACCAAAGAGUCUACAAGAUUCAAAACAACUUGGGGACGUGCAUCCAAAAAGAAGACUAUUCGUUGUGAAAUUGAUUAUAUUAAUGAAAUACCACAAUUUCGUAUUAAAUAUGGCUCCAACUUUCAAUAUGUUGUUUUUUUGA